AUGUUUUCAGAUGAUGCCCAACAUGGAAAAGUAAACUCCUGUUUAAAAUGUUUAUUAUGUAUACAAGCCAAAUCUAAUCUAAACAUGUCAACAUCUAUGAAUAAAUCAUUGAACCCAUCGAAUCAUCCACCAUUAUUAAUGACAUCAUGUCAUGUUGGACAAAUCAUUGAACCGAAUACAACAUUCAUGAAUUAUUCUACACAAAUUGAUGAUAGUUUAACAGAAUCUGUUUUAUUAUAUCAUAAUAAAUCGGGACAUUAUACACAGAAUGAAAAUAAUCAUUUAUUACCACCUGUGAAUAGUAAUAUGAUGUUACCAAAUCUAUUUCAACCAACUACAUCCAUUCUACCAUUAUCAACAACACAUAGUACCAAUGUUUCAUAUAUAUCAACAACUCCAACAUUUCAUCAUUUAAUUAGUAAUUCAACUACAAUGAAUCCAGAUGAUUUAUUCAAAUAUCAUAAACAGAAUGGUCAAAGUAGUUCUGGUGUUUCAUUAGAAUCAGAUCCAACAUCAACGAAACGAACAAAUUUAUUUCAUUCACAAUCGGUUAAUUAUUCUAAACAAUCCAGUUAUCAUCAUAAUCAUAAUCAUCCACUAUUGUCUGAAUGUUCUUUUCAAAAUGGUAGUAUUACUAUACCUGGUCAAAAUGGUAGUUUAAAUGGAUCAUUAUUAUAUUCAAAUGAUUCAACAAGUUUAACUGAUACAACAAAUGGGAAUGGUGUAAUUAUACCAAAUCAUAUCAUUGUAUCACCAAAUCCUUAUUCAACUUAUCGUAUGCAAUAUUUAUGUACAGGUGAACAAUCUGAUAAAUUGACAAGAAAAGUUGAUCUUCAACAACAAUUGAAACAACAUCAUCCAUUUACACAAUCAAAUAGUAAUACCAAUAGUAUAUAUCAACGUAAUUCUUCACAAUCUACUCAUCAAAAAGAUCGUCAAUCAUGUAUCAACAUUGAAUUAUCUCAUUCAAAUGAUAUUGAAAAUGAUGAAACAUGUCAUUUAAUCACAGAAAAACGAACUCAUCAAGAUCUAACGAAUUAUACAUUUAGAAAUAGUACUACCAUUGAUUCUUUAUCACAUAAUACUACUGAUCAUUCAAUCAAUCAAUUAUCAUCAUGUCUUACACCAUUAGUAGUUAGAUUUCCAUCUGGUGAAUCCGGAUUUUUAUUUUGUCCAACUCAUACAACAAUGAAUGAACAUUAUCAAACGGAUAGUUUAUCAUCAUGUCAAUCAAAUCGUUUAUCCAUGAUCUCUAAUCCUAUUCAUAAAUCAAUGAAUAUCGAUUCAAAAGAAAAUGAUACAUUAUUAAAUUCAAAUAUAAAAAUCAAUACGAAUUGUAGCCAAGGUAAUUUGGAGGGUAAUUUAAAAUUAGAAAAUUCUAUUGAAUUAAAUCAAAUAUCUGAUAAAUUACAUCAAUCAUUGGUUAAAACUAAUCAACAUUUGAUUUCAUUGGAAAUCGAUAAUAAUAAUAAUGAUAAUCAUGAAAAAUUAAAUACAUUAAAAAAUUCAAAUAAUUCACUGAUCAAUUCAGAAACAUCAUUGAUUAAAUCGAAUGAGAAAUUAGAAAUAAUCAAUAUUCAAACCUCAUUACAUAAUAAUAAUAAUAUACAUCAACAGUGUGAAUUUCAUCAAUUCAAUGAUAGUUCUAAUAAUCGAUUACAUAAUCAAAAUGAUAUUCAGGAAUUAAAUAUUAAUCCUACUAUAUAUCCGGUGCAUUAA